UAAGAGGCAGUGGGUGCAGACACACUCUGUUUGUGACACCUUGUGGUGGAGAGUGAGGGGGUGGCAGAGAUGGAGAGAGAGGGGGGCACCACUGGAAAGAGAGAGAGAGAGAUCAAAGCAAAGAAAGAGGCAGAGGAGGAGAAACAAGGAUGAGCGAUAGCAGCACUGCAGCGAGAGCGAGCACCCUGCCUGCCUUUUCAACGCGUGUUUACUCCACUUUCCCUGAGAGCCGGUUAUCCUCCCUCUGUGUGAGUCAUGGAAGUGAUUUAGUUGAGUGGAGCGGCGCGGAGCGUAAGCUGAAAGCCACAAAUCUGUUUGUGUGUCUGCGCCGUGGGCAGGCCUUCUCGUUGUAUGAUUAAGGAUCCAUGCCAGUCUACAGAAGAAACCCUCCCACAAACAACAUACAGCCUGACCACAUCAGCAGGCAGGUGCCAUGGAGAAAACAGCUGCGCCCUUCUGAGGAUUCAGUGUCUGAAUGAGUUUAACUGCACACAGCACGAUGGAGAUAAAAGUGAAAGGCGUGAUCUUGAGGCUAAUGUGGAAGUCCGUGGACAAGAUGAGGUGCUUCAGGAAACGAUCCAUGUUCCCCUUCCUCGGCUUCCUCAUCACCUUUCUGCUCUUUUUCAACCUUUAUAUGGAUGAUGGAUAUGUGCUGGAGGCUGAAAAAAGACAGCUGGGAGAGACACUGAUGCAUCCUGCAAACUCUGAAAGAUACGUCCACACAUUUAGAGAUCUAUCUAAUUUCUCUGGGACUAUUAAUGUGACGUAUCGCUACCUUGCGGGAAUCCCUGUGCCACGCAAAAAAUAUCUCACCAUUGGCUUGUCAUCUGUCAAGAGGAAAAAGGGGAAUUACCUACUAGAGACGAUCAAAUCCAUCUUUGAUCAGUCCAGUUACGAGGAACUGAAAGAGAUUGUGGUUGUGGUCCACCUGGCAGACUUUGACCUGGUCUGGUGUGAGAACCUGGUGCAGGAAAUCACCAGGAAGUUUGCUCACCACAUCAUAGCGGGACGCCUCCUGGUGAUCCAGGCCCCAGAGGAGUACUAUCCAUCUUUGGACGGCUUAAAAAGGAACUACAACGACCCAGAGGACCGGGUCCGUUUCCGCUCUAAGCAGAACGUGGACUACGCUUUCCUCCUCAACUUCUGCACAAACCUCUCUCAUUUCUACAUGAUGUUAGAGGACGACGUGCGCUGCUCCAGGAACUUUCUGACGGCGCUGAAGAAGGUGAUCACCUCCAGAGAUGGUUCCUACUGGGUGAUGCUGGAGUUUUCCAAGCUGGGCUACAUCGGGAAGCUUUACCACUCCAAAGACCUGCCACGUCUGGCUCAUUUCCUCCUCAUGUUCUACCAGGAAAUGCCCUGCGACUGGCUCCUCAUCCACUUCAGAGGUCUGCUCGCCCAGAAGGACGUGAUCCGCUUCAAGCCCUCUCUGUUCCAGCACAUGGGCUACUACUCUUCCUACAAAGGAGCAGAGAAUAAACUGAAGGACGACGACUUUGAGGAAGACUCCAUAGACAUUCCUGACAACCCUCCUGCCAGCCUUUACACAAACAUCAAUGUCUUUGAGAACUAUGAUGCCACCAAGGCUUACAGCAGUAUUGUUGAUGAAUAUUUCUGGGGGAAGCCUCCGUGCACUGGAGAUUUCUUUGUCAUAAUCUUUAAUAAAUCAAUUAAAAUCAGCAGAAUUAAAAUUGUGACAGGCACAGAGGACAGACAAAAUGACAUUCUUCACCACGGAGCUCUGGAAGUAGGACAGAAGUCUGUGGAAACUAAACAGGGAAGGCAGUGUUCAUCCUACAUCACAUUAGGAGAGUUUAAAGGCGGAAGCAUCGAGGUUAACAAUGUGGACCACAAGAUCGGCUUUGACAUCGAGUGCGUACGAAUAGUCGUCACUGCCAGUCAGAAAGAAUGGCUCAUCAUAAGGACGAUCAGUUUAUGGACCAUACAACCUAUAAUCCAGUUCAAAAAGUAACAGAGGAAGUUUUUAAAAUUAUCAUCUGUAUGUACAGAUGUGCAUUUUGGAUGCUAUUGCUAUAAGUUCAUUUCGAAAUACUUCUGGGAAAUAUGUGUUUCUGGGAUUCAAAGCAAUCCAUAUUUUCUUGGGUUGUUCAGAGAUCUACUGUAUGCACUGUAUAUUUACUGUAUGUUUUCAAUGUGCUGUAUUGAAAUGACCAACCUGUACAAUACGGAGCCUUUAUACUCAUGUUCAUUUUCCUAAACUAAAAGUCUGUAUAUAAAAUUGUUCACAUUUGA